AUGGGUGACUGGAGUGCCUUGGGCAAACUCCUGGACAAGGUGCAGGCCUAUUCCACGGCUGGAGGGAAGGUGUGGCUCUCAGUCCUGUUCAUUUUUCGAAUCCUGCUGCUGGGGACCGCUGUUGAGUCUGCCUGGGGCGACGAGCAGUCUGCGUUUCGCUGUAACACCCAGCAACCGGGUUGUGAGAACGUCUGCUAUGACAAGUCCUUCCCAAUCUCCCACGUCCGCUUCUGGGUCCUGCAGAUCAUCUUUGUGUCUGUCCCCACGCUCUUGUACCUGGCUCACGUGUUCUACGUGAUGCGUAAAGAGGAGAAGCUGAACAAGAAGGAGGAGGAGCUUAAAGUCGCCCAAACGGAUGGAGUCAAUGUCGAGAUGCACUUGAAGCAAAUUGAGAUAAAGAAGUUUAAAUAUGGCAUCGAGGAGCACGGCAAGGUGAAGAUGCGAGGGGGCUUGCUGCGGACCUACAUCAUCAGCAUCCUCUUCAAGUCCAUCUUCGAGGUGGCCUUCUUGCUGAUCCAGUGGUACAUUUAUGGCUUCAGCCUGAGCGCUGUGUACACUUGCAAAAGAGAUCCCUGCCCACACCAAGUGGAUUGCUUCCUCUCCCGCCCCACGGAGAAGACCAUCUUCAUCAUUUUCAUGUUGGUGGUGUCCUUGGUGUCUCUUGCCUUGAACAUCAUUGAACUCUUCUAUGUCUUCUUUAAGGGUGUUAAGGAUCGCGUGAAGGGUAAAAGUGACCCUUACCACGCUACCACUGGUCCCCUGAGUCCCUCCAAAGACUGCGGCUCUCCCAAAUACGCUUAUUUCAACGGCUGCUCCUCACCAACCGCUCCCCUCUCGCCCAUGUCUCCACCUGGGUACAAGCUGGUUACUGGGGACAGAAACAAUUCCUCUUGCCGCAACUACAACAAGCAAGCGAGUGAGCAAAACUGGGCUAAUUACAGUGCAGAGCAGAAUCGAAUGGGGCAGGCAGGAAGCACCAUCUCCAACUCCCACGCGCAACCUUUUGAUUUCCCCGAUGAGCAUGAGAAUUCCAAGAAAUUAGCUGCUGGCCACGAACUCCAGCCACUCGCCAUUGUGGACCAGCGGCCGUCCAGCAGAGCCAGCAGCCGCGCCAGCAGCAGACCUCGGCCUGAUGACUUGGAAAUUUAG